GCCCUCGGAAACAGACGGAGCUUUAGCUUACAGGAGAAAGGAAAGCCAGCAUGUACAGAGUUUCUAACCACAACCAAAUGGAUUAUAACUUGGACAACAUGGAGCCCAAACACGGGAAAAUGCUGCCUUGCCAAGAGGACCGUUUUGACAGCGGUGUGGAUUCGCUUAAGGAAGACGAACUGGCGAACGACUUCGAGGAGCUAAGAUUGCCGAGCGAGGAUCACUCGCAGGAAUACGAGCCUUGGAGAACCGCGGUGACCGAAGACGGUGACACGCUGCUCCAUUUGGCCGUCAUUCACGAAGCCACCGAACAUGCCGUCCAGAUGAUCAAACUGUCUCAUCAUCACCCCUUCCUCAAUGUGCAGAACCACCAGAGACAGACUGCCCUCCACCUGGCAGUGAUCACAGAGCAGGCCCACUUGGUGGACAGACUCCUGAAGGCCGGCGCUGACCCGCUGCUGGCCGACGACAGCGGAAACACAGCCCUCCACAUCGCCUGUAAAAAGGGCUCCCUGGCCUGCUUUGGCGUCAUCACCCAGAACUGCCAACGUCACCUCACCUCCAUGGCGUCUUUCCCCAACUACAGUGGACAUAACUGUCUCCACUUGGCAUCCAUCAAUGGCUACAUUUCUCUGGUGGAUAGCCUCGUUCGGCUUGGUGCAGACAUCAAUGCACAGGAACAGUGCAGUGGACGGACGGCGCUCCACCUGGCCGUUGACCUCCAGAACCCCACGCUAGUCUGUCGCCUCCUCGACCUCGGCGACGCCGCUCUGCUCGCUCAGUCCCGCUCGGCGAGGGACAUUAGGUGGGUGUCCACUUCAGUUUCUGCGAGGAUCCUGCAGGACAAAAAUGAGAUGAAGAUAAAGACUCCAAAAUCUAACUCGUGUUUUUAA